GCAGCUAACAUGCAGCAUGUGAAAUAAACAUCACAAUACAACUCAAAAAAUAGAGAGAUCAAUUUAAAAAUAUGCAGAAUCAGAGAAUGAAAUUUGUGUUUGUUCUGCUCUUCAUCUUCCCCUUGCUCCUCCUCGUAACUCAUUCAAAGGCUCAGCUGAGCACGAAUUUUUACCAAAACUCGUGCCCGAAUGUGGAAUCAAUUGUCCAGGCUGCUGUCAGGGCCAAGUUUCAGCAGACCUUUGUCACUGCUCCAGCAACCCUGAGACUCUAUUUUCACGAUUGCUUUGUCAGGGGGUGUGAUGCGUCAGUGAUGCUAGCUUCGCCAAAUGGUAACGCGGAGAAAGAUCAUCCAGAUGAUAUUUCACUAGCCGGAGAUGGAUUCGACACUGUCAUCAAAGCCAAGGCGGCUGUUGAUAGUAAUUUCAACUGCCGGAACAAAGUCUCUUGUGCUGAUAUCUUAGCUCUGGCUACCCGAGAAGUUGUGUCCUUGACAGGAGGACCACGAUAUACUGUUGAACUGGGACGAAGAGAUGGGAGAAUAUCUACCAAGGCCAGUGUUCAACGAAAACUUCCACAUGCUAAUUUCAACUUAGAUCAGCUUAAUUCCAUGUUUGCAUCCCAUGGUCUGAGCCAAACAGAUAUGAUUGCCCUUUCAGGUGCACAUACGCUUGGUUUCUCUCAUUGUGACCAAUUCUCCAAGCGAAUUUACGGAAAACAGAUCGAUCCGACUCUGAACAGAGCAUACGCCCUGCAGCUCAGACAGAUGUGCCCGCUAAAAGUUGAUCCGAGGAUCGCCAUCAACAUGGAUCCCACGACGCCACAGACAUUCGACAAUGCCUAUUACCAGAACCUCGUACAAGGAAAAGGCUUGUUCAGUUCUGAUCAGAUAUUAUUUACUGAUACAAGAUCAAGAAGCACGGUUCAACAGUUUGCAUCGAGCAAUGCUGCUUUCAAUAAUGCCUUUGUGUCGGCUAUUACCAAGCUUGGCAGAAUCGGAGUUCUUACCGGAAAUAAAGGAGAGAUUCGUCGCGAUUGCACAGCAAUUAACUAGGCCUUUGUAAACACACACAUCCGUCUGUAUAUAGACCAUGUUAUUCAUUGAAAGAUGUAUAGAGUUUGUGUUACUAAUAAGUAAUAACUGGAGCAACAAUGGCCUGGUUCAUUUUUCUUUCUUUUAAUUUCCUGGUAAAGAUAUAUCAAGGCAUUCAUGUUUGCUGAAUAAAUAUAAUAUAUAUGAGCCGUUUCAUCAUAA